AUGUACAACGGCCUCGACCUCAACAUCUGGCCCCCCUCUGGCCUCGGACACGAUGACUUUGAUUCUUCUCUACCGGGAUCCCAAGAGUCCACCGGCGAGCCGACGCCUUCAAGGUCCUACCAAGCUACGGCGACCGCUCUGAGGCCAGCCACCCAGGGCCAGGUCAACAAUCACAUUGCGUUUCUAUCAAACCAGGCGCUUCUCCCCGUACAUGAACCCGCGCAUCAAGACGCCGACGUGAACCCCUCUGGCAGUGGUUCUGGCGUGGUUGACCAUUCAGACCUGUGGAGCGCAGCAUAUCGCGAGGCAAUAGCCCGUCUUGGAGAAGACAUUGACGUUGGCAUUCUCCAGGGCAAAAAAGUCGCCCAGUUGUUCGAGCAGCUGGAGGAGGCUGAUAAAGAGGCCACUCAAGAGUCCAUCUUUCUGCGAGGCGUGGAAUACCUGCGGUCCAUCCAAGUACCGCUCGAAAAAUUCAAGUUGGCGUUGGAUCUGGCGAGCCCACUGACGAGUAUCGAACCGACGGCUUCCACCGUCUUUGGUGUGGUCCGAAGCGUCUCGGCGAUCGCCAUCAGCAUGGCAAGUGCCGAUUUGGAUUUUGCGAAGCAGAUUGGCGACAUGCUGGAGCAGAUUUCCUACAUUGAUGAUUGCGAUACACUUGGUCAAAAAUCUCACAAGCAAGACAUUCACGAGGCCCUGGUGUCGGUGUAUCAAAGCCUCCUUGAAUUCUACAGAGUGGCCUUUGAGAUUUUGACUCGGAGAGGCGCCAGCCUGAUGGUCAAAAUGGUCCUCGAGACGGACCAUUUACCAAAUCUUGUGCAGGAGUUCUUGAGCCAGGCUGAUGUCCUCCGCAAACUUAUACAAAAGGCGACAUGGGAGAUCGUGGAAGACAUCAAGUCAAUGCUCUACGAUCGAGAGAUUGCCAGAUGGCUGGGGAGCCAAGGGAUGAGCCGGCAAACCCAGCAUCAUGCGUCUCUGCGGAGUGGUCGAGCGGACGGGGCCUGCGAUUUCCUGUUGGAGAAUACUGACUUCCAAACAUGGUACCAAGCAUCCAACUCUCGGAAACUCAUCAUUCUUGGGGACGUGGGCCACGGCAAAUCCGUCUGCAUGUCAUUCCUUGUCGAUACACUGCGGCAACGCAACGAGCAUCAGCUUCCCAACCCCAAGGUCUGCUACUACUAUUGCCGGGACGAUGAAUCGGGCCGGCUGACGUCUAUUCUCUCGACGCUGAUUUUGUCCCUCCUGGAGCAGCUCUCUGGACUUAAAAAGCCAUUCUUUGAACGAUACAAGAAGACGCAAGCUUCUGACGGCGGCAACCCCGCUGCAGAUGCUCUCCAACUCGAGGAAUUCUUGAAAUGGAUAGUCGAGACUGUCGACCGACCGUUAUUCAUAGUCAUCGAUGGCCUGGACGAAUGCGACUACGAAUCUCGAAUGCAACUCAUGAGGAUACUGGGCGACCUCUCGCACAGGAGCUCCAUGCUCAAGAUUCUGCUGUCGUCGCGACCCGCAACAGAGUGCCUCGCCCAGUUCGCCCACUUGCCCAGCAUCCAGCUCGGCCUGGAUGUGCGGCGUGAUGCCAUCAUCGUGGAACACAUGGUGACGAGAAGAUUAUCCUACCUAUCGACCGAGGUCAAGGCACUUGUCAUCGAGACCUUAUCCUCCUUGGCGCAAGGGAGUGCCAUUUGGGUCAAGAUGGUGGUUGACCUGAUUCAGCUCCGCCGAAUCACAGCUCUGGAAUCGAUGCGACGUUUAUUGGUGGCCAAUUCGUUGCCAACAGAACUGGCAGCCCUGUACGGCGACAUCUUCUUGCGAUGCACAACCGAUGACCCCGAGAACAAGAAGCUCGCGGGUAUCGCCUUGACACUCCUUGCCGCCUCCCGCAGGACCCUUCGGUUGGAGGAGCUUGCCUGGGCUGCCACGUUUGGUCUUUGGCGACAUGAGCUUCGCACAGUGGCCGCUGUCGCGCCCCUCGUGGAUUCUGAGAGGAUAUUGAGCCUGAUCCAUCCAUUUAUCAGUCACACCGAUGUCAAGGGUGUGAAAAAGGGUCAAGUACGACUCGUGCACCAGUCGGUCAAAGAGUUCAUCCUUGGCGGUGGAGAGUACUUCGCCGACAAGCACAUCAAGGCCCCAGAGGCCUUCGCAUUGGACCUGUGCAUCGAAUAUCUACUUCUGGAGGAGAUCGGCCAUGUACAUCUGUUUUCGCAAGAACAGUUGGCAAUCGAAGCGUUACCGCAAGACGCCGCCCUGUUUGAAGUCGAAAGCGACGACGCGGCCUCGUUUCAGGGUGAUCUUCACUGCACAUGGGACGCCUGGGAAAAGGACAUGAUCACCUACGAUCCAGUCGACCGUGGGCUGGGCGGGUUCUUCGCCUACGCAGCAUGCCACUGGGUCGACCAUCUCGGCAGCAUCACCACUGGACCCUUCCCUGCACUCGCAGACGUGGAGAAGCUGUGUGAGGCCGGGUCGAUUCGGCUGAGCAACUGGAUCGAGCAGAACAGUCGUCCUGGUUGCACAAUGAAGCAGAGAUUCGAGUUUGACAGUACCUUGUACGACCCCCUCAGUAUCUUUUCGGUGUAUGGCUCGGAGACCAUUCUGCGCCAGAUGCUGGGCAGCCCGGACUUGACAAGCGAAAUGUUCCUUCCUCAGUCCAGGGCAAAAGCAGUUGACCAAGUUCUCCAGUGGGGCGACUUGUCGCGGCUCAGCAUCAUUGCCUGGGAGGGCAAAGGUAGCGACUGCCUCUCGGCCCUCGACUUGUUCCAUCGCAUCAUGUCACGAUGGUUGCUUCCUCGCACGAACCACCCCAACUGGGACCGGGCAUUCGACCUUGUCGAUUUCGUGUUGGACGACUUGGUCGAGGAGGAAUCUGGCAAUGAGCUCUUGUGUAUGGCUGCGAGGAUGGGCUGUAUGCCCAUUGUUCGCCGGCUGAUGGACGGGGCGCAGGGUAACGAGAAGCUCCGGAACGAGCUGCUGCGUCCGGCGCAACGGACGCAAUCAUCUUGGGGCUCCCCAUCGCACCAAUCCGUUGGCGAGGCUGUCUUGGCGAAUCAUCUCCCCGUGGUGGAAUACUUGCUCAACCAAGAGGGCAUUGAAACCCAUCUUGAUCACCUCAAUUCACGCGGGGAGAACGUGCUGCACCUAGCAGCAACACACUGCAAUCCAGCCGUGUACGCGUUCCUUCUUCCGCGCCUGCAAGGACGUCUACAUCAGAAAGACAACGGCGGCGAUACAGCGCUGGUCAUGAUUGUCAAAAGCCCUUGCUUGCCCGAGAAGCGUCUCGAGACCGCGGCGCUGUUCCUGGCGCAGUGCGGUGACGAGGAGGAAACCAUCCAGGACAUGCGACAAGCGUUCCGCAUAGCCGGGGAAAUGGGCGAUACACGAAUGUGCAAAUUUCUGGGAGAGACGAAGCUGUAG